GAGUACAGUUGAAAGAAUUCCUAGAUUGUUUUUUAUGAUAACUAGAGGUUUGAGUUCAAUAACUGACUUAGAAUAAUACAUGAUACAAGAAAAUCUCACCCAGGGAAUUAUCUUUGUCAUCUAAUGGCAGUCCUAGAAAGUAAUUCCUUAAUGUUUGUAAUACGUUUUCUCUUUAUUCUCCAACCAGAUGAAUUUUGAAACUCCUACAUGGCUCCUGAAAAUCUCACCCGGGUGAUGGAGUUCAUUCUCAUGGGAGUCUCAGGCCAUCUGGAGCUGCAGAUCCCCCUUUUCUUUGGCUUCCUUGUCAUCUAUGGGCUGACCGUGGUAGGCAACCUGGUCAUCAUCACCCUCACCAGUGUGGACUCUCGCCUUCAAACCCCCAUGUACUUUUUUCUCCGACAAUUGGCUAUCAUCAAUUUUGGCAAUUCUACCGUCAUUGCCCCUAAAAUGCUGACCAAUUUCUUGGUAAAGAAGAAAACCACUUUUUAUUAUGAAUGUGCUACCCAAAUGGGUGGGUUCUUGUUUUUCAUUGUAGCUGAGGUUUUCAUGCUUGCUGUGAUGGCCUAUGACUGCUACGUGGCCAUUUGUAACCCCCUGCUCUACAUGGUGGUGGUAUCUCGACAGAUCUGUCUUUUGCUGGUAUCCAUCACAUACGCCUAUGGCUUUUCUACAGCUAUUGUGGUUACUUCCUGUGUAUUUUCUAUGUCUUAUUGUUCUUCCAAUGUUAUCAACCAUUUUUACUGCGACACUGUUCCCCUGUUAGUAUUGUCCUGCUCUGAUACUUACUUCCCAGAAAUAGUAAUCUUUAGUUCUGCAGCUACAAAUUUGGUUCUCUCCAUAACUGUAGUUGUAGUAUCCUAUUCCAACAUCGUCUUGUCAAUUCUCAGAAUACGUUCAUCAGAAGGAAGGAAAAAAGCCUUCUCCACAUGUGCUUCACAUAUAAUGGCGGUCACAGUGUUCUAUGGAACACUGCUAUUCAUGUAUUUGCAGCCUAAAACUCACCAUUCAUUAGAUUCUGAUAAAAUGGCUUCAGUGUUCUAUACGCUGGUGAUCCCUAUGCUGAAUCCUAUGAUCUACAGCUUGAGGAAUAAGGAUGUGAUAGCUGCCUUCAAGAGAUUCCUGUCAAACCCAUGCUAUUCCUUUAAACCAAUGUAAUUUUAGACUAGUUUAGUAAGUGAUAAGAGAGGGAUUAAAGUAGAUUGCAGAAUAUUAAUGUAAUGGGAAUUUUCAUAAAAAUUGAAUUAUACAUGUCAUUGUCUGGUUUCUUUCAUUAAUGUGUAUAUAUGCAUAUAUAUAUAUUGCUUUUCUUUCAUGUCACAACAUGGAUCAGAAUUUUGCUCCUUUUUAAAAUUUUAAUGGAUAUACUACAUUUUAUUUAUUUUUUUACUAUUUGAUCGAUGCCUGGAUCUUUUCCAAUUUUUGGCAAUUACAAAUAAUGCUGCUAUGAAUUCUUGAGUAGCAGUCUCAUGUGAUUAUAUAAUUUUUCAUUUCUCUUGGGUAGAUAUCUAGAAGCAGAAUUGAUGGGACAAUUGGUAAGUCUAUAUUAAUCCUUUUAAGAAUAAAUUGUUCCCCCAGCAUAUAAGAGGGUUCGCUAUGAGUUGGAAUAGGCCAGAUGGCAACAGAAU